AUGAGUGCUUUGUGUGAGUCAUGUGUUAGACAUUCCCUCAAAGUGUUGGCCACCAAACGAGUCAAUGGAUUGGGCUAUAGAUGUGUUCACUCGUCGAGAGCAUCGAUGGCGGCGUUUGUGAGUCGACCGGCGCCUGCCUUCAAGGGGACCGCCGUUGUCUCUCAAGACUUCAAAUCCAUCCAAUUGUCUGACUUCAGUGGCAAAUAUUUGGUCCUAUUUUUCUAUCCCUUGGAUUUCACUUUUGUGUGUCCGACAGAAAUCAUUGCAUUCAGUGAUCGCAUCCAAGAGUUCAAAGCACUCAACACAGAAGUGGUGGCCGUUUCAGUGGACUCGCACUUCUCGCACUUGGCCUGGAUUAACACACCCCGCAAGAAAGGAGGCAUUGGAGGCAUUAACAUACCGGUGCUCUCGGAUAUUAAUAAGCAAAUAUCGAAAGAUUAUGGUGUUUUGCUCGAGGAUUCUGGUAUUGCUUUGCGCGGACUAUUCAUCAUUGAUCCCAAGGGUAUUGUCCGACAAAUAACAAUCAAUGACUUACCGGUUGGCCGUUCUGUGGACGAGACGCUCAGAUUGAUUAAUGCCUUUCAAUUCUAUGAGAAACACGGGGAAGUAUGUCCGGCCAAUUGGAAACCGGAAGCGCCGACUAUUAACCCCAAGAAAGCCAAUGAAUAUUUUGAACGCAAUAAUUGAGUAAACUUUUAGAGCUCAAGAAAUCUGCAAAUCAUGAUCUAAUCACACAAUACAGCAGUUUAUAUAAUGUAUACUUUACAGUACAAUAAGCAUUGAGUACUAAUUUUCUCAUUGCAAUCGAAAUGUUAUUAAAUGAUUGAAAAUAUUGUAUAGAAUUAGAAGUAGACGUUAAAAUAAAACAUAUUUUCUUUAUUAUUGAC